AUGUCGUUACCAGGUCGUUUGCAGGAGACUUUUUCCCCGGAGGAAGUUCAGUUCAUUGUGGAGAACCAGAAGAUUAAGAUCUUCCCACGUAUUACCACAAGUAAAAAAAGAGGUGGAGAUAGUUCUCGUAAUAAUAAUAAUAAUAAUACGGAUAAUGAGGAUAUGAGUAGAUGGAGGAUGUUGACUAUGGAUGGACGUGCGUUGGAAAAUAUGAUCGUAAUGAAAUCUACUGAAGUGACGUUAUGGUUGGCGCUAUUAUUAAAACAACAAUCUAAAUGUAAUAUUAUUAUACCGGAAUGGCUUACGAUAAAGGGUCUUGAUCUUAUGUUACAAUAUGAAAAGAGAAAUAUUGAACGGUUUAGUGCACUCCCGUGGGAUUGGUUAGUAGUCUCGGAGAUUUUAUUCAAACAGGCAGCUGAUGACUUCAAUGAUCCUAUUUAUGAAUUAAGAAAUAGAAUACAAGAUCUUAAAGAAAUUAGACAGAUGAAAGUGUUACAAGGUUUAAAAAAUUUAAACGAGUCUCACAUGCAACUUGAUAAUUUAGGUUUAUUGGAGAUUAAUGAAUUAAGACCAUUUAUUGUAAGAGUUAUGGAUAAACUAAGACAGAUACAUGCUUCUGGUAUAGAUACUACCGAGACAGAAAAUCAAGAUUAUGAUGAUGAUAACGAUAUAGGCAUGGGAACGAUGAUAUCUUCAGAUAGAGAUGCGUCCUCAAGUAUACCGCCGAAUGCCAUGUCAUUCUAA